GAGCGACUCAGGGAAUCGCUCGUCCUAUCGCAUGCCACCAGCGAGAGGAAGAGCCGCCGCCGCCGUCACCACCGAGGGGAAGAGCCCCGCCGCCGCCAUCGAGGGGAAGAGCCCCACCAGCGAGAGGAGGAGCCCCGACGCCACCCGCCGCCCCGACGCCGCCCGACGUCCCGUCGCUGCCCGACGCCGGCGUUACUCCUCCAGCAUACCGGCCUUCUCACCGGUGAUUCUGCCGCCGAAGAUGAAGAGAGUGCUGAUGUGUUUCUUCGGAGCGAAAUGGCAGAGUUGCAUCAACGUAUCUAAGCUAGAAGUUGGUGAGGGAGUCCUGGAUUAAGGGGUCCUCGGCCG